AUGGUAUCACAACGAUUUUAUUUUAUUCUUAUUCUAAUGUUGGUUAUUCUACCUGUUUAUAGUAUUCAUUAUGCAGGAACAUUAACUGGACGUGAAUGUUUAGCUUAUUAUGCAUCGACUGAUAUUUAUAAAAAUCUUCAAGCUUUAUUUAGUUGUCCUAAAAAAUGGUUAAUGAAAGCAAAAAAGAAACAUCUCAUAUAG